AUCAAAACUAAGAGAGAGAACAGGUAGGGAGUUACCUUGGUGACGGCGUGGGAGUCGUACGUGUUUUAUCGAUUGCCACUCUUUCAACCCUCAUCUGGCGUGGAUUUCCGGCAUACAUGACAGUUCGGUUCGGUCCGUCGUGCUGUAGUUAUUGCACAGCCAUUUCUCUCCCUUGGUGUGACAACUCUCCAUCAGACAUCCACCAGGUAUGGAAAAACCUUCGCUGAUGGAACUCAAGCGUCAACAAUGGGCCCGCGAAAGAGAGGAGGCCAAAAUCGACUGGUGUCCAUGGGGACGUCCGGGUUGCGGCGCACCGUUGAAAUGGAACCGGAGCUCGGCCCGAAGCGAUUCACGCUUGACUCCUGUCGACAAUAAAAAAAACGACAACUACCUGCCUCCACUCAACUGGACGACUGGAUCACAUCAACACGAACAAGUUCAGCAAGCGCCGCCCGCCACCGCACCGCCUCCGCCGCCGCCUCCGCCUCGGCGAUCAAAGCGUCACGCCAUCAGCCACACGGUGACGGACGGUGAAACUUCCGGCUAUCAGAGUGACAAUCACUUCAUCGAUCCAUCGGCUCCUAAUUACCAUCUGCGCCACCGCCGUCAAUUGUCGUCGUCCAGGGGACCCAGCGUCGAGCCCAUGCCGGACACCUCAAAUUCUUCCAACGUCAUCAUCCACCAUCACCACUCGACUAAUCAAGAGCAAAUCAAUUCCAACCGUCACGACGAGGCCAAUGAAAUUUCGGCCAGGGCCGAUUAUAAGUUUCUCGAGCGCAAAAAGUGGGUCCAAGAUGGAACUGUCCCCUACGACCUUUACCCAGAGUGUCUUCCACAGCUUUACGAUAGGUCGACUCCACCUCGAUGGGUGGCCCGUCCGACCAACGCUUUUGUUCAGACCGAGCCUCUUAUGUCAGACCGGACCUUGGGCGACAGUUCCAGUAUCAGCCGUCAUCAGGCUGUCGUCCAGCACUGCGCAACCAAUGCGGCUCCCAGCUUUCUGCGUGGCCAGAAUGUCGUGGUGGAUGUCGCCGAGUUGGCCGAGAGGGAAAGGAAACGGGCCAAAGCCAAUGAACUGCAGCGGGUGCUCCUUCAGCAGUUGGCAGAGAAGGAGAACCAAAAGCUCCUGGAGAAAAAGAGACAACAGGAAGAAGAGGAGAGACAGGAGCUGGAGCUGCAAAGGCAUUUGGAAGCCGAGCGACGUCAAAUUGAAGAAGAGCGACGACGGGUCCAAGAGAAAAAGGAGGCAGAAGAACGACGAUUAGAAGCAGUUAAGGAGGCGAUUGCCGGAGCCCAGCAGAAUGCCUUGGCUGAGAAACUGGCACGCAGGAGGAACCUGCAGAACCGGACGGCGGUAGUCCAACCGGCGUCGGACAACGACCCGGUGGCGGCAUCAGUUUCUGUCCGGAGUGAAGACAGAUCGACGCCGGCGCACCAGCACCAGCUGCAGCCAACACAAAGGGAACCGACGGAAUUGCGACACGCAAUCAUUUCCACACCGCGACCCCAACAACUAGAUAAAGGCACGUUAACUCGCUCAUCAGUCGACGCCCAAGUUCAAACGGACCAGCAGCAACUUCAAGUCGCUUGUCGCUGUGAAACCAACAACCCCCGGUCCCGUCAGUCUAGACACAAAAUAGCGGCAACAACCGAAGAAGAGCGUCCAGGAACGCAAAUGUCGAUGAUCGCCGUGAAAAGUCAAACGUCGACCAGCACGACCAAUCGCCCGCAAUGGAACGCCCACAAGACCAAUGCGAAAUAUCAAAGCCAGACGGAAAAGGAUCCCCGAUUUCUCCAGCGUCGUCGUGAACGUCUCCGGCGUCGCCAGAAACUUUUGCUGGAGAAGCAACUCCACGGCUCGUGGCCAUCCAGCGAGAAUUCCGGGAGCCAGGAAGAAAUGGGAGAUACAAUAUUCUUCCCGUUUUUACCCGGCAGCGGAACCGGCGUACCGCACGAAAGGUAUUACGAGGCCCUCCAGGCCGCCGCCGUCAGCCGCUACUAUAAGAAAGCCCCGGCUGUCAACCAUCACCAGCACAACAAAUUGAUGGCUGGACGAGCAACCAGCCAAUCGGACAACACAGUCGAGCUCAUCAUUCCGCAACCGGCUCAACUCGUCUCCCAACCACCCGUCGCCCCCACCGUUCGAUCCCAGUCCAGGCAAUUGUCGUCGCCACCUGUUCCGGCUGUCCUCAAAAAAAUCCAAAUGUCAAACGGCGAACCUGCCGCCGCGUCCACCUCUUCCGGCGGUGAAAAACACGAAUGGGAGAAUUACGAUUCUCCCAGCGACCAGCCCGUCAAAAUCGACAAAGAUUUCGAAAAUUUACAAAUCAAAGAGCAAAGGCGAUGCACUGAACAAGACAAACAAGAUCUACUCUAUCGCUUAUCCGUUCUCAAGCAGAGUUUAGAACAGAGGAAAACAGCCUUGGAUAAAGUGUCUUUGACUUCUCAAUAAUGAGCACUUGCUCAAAAAACCAUUUC